UCUCGAGCACCAACUCCCCAAAGAAAGAGAAUCUGAUCUCAAACACCUCUAGAACACCACUCGGCCAUGUCCGGCCAAUACUGGUUCCCUAACAUGCCCAUCCCGGAGAUCAUGACCGCGCUGAACGAGUGGAACAUCUCCGUGAGCACGGAGCAGCUCGUGCGCCCCACCGAGCGCUUCGUCACCGACGUCUACGCCCAGUUCCUCGUGCAGGUCACGAGCGUCACCAACGAGGCGCUCGGCGGCGCGGUCGAGAACGCGCUCGCCGAGCUCGACGAUCCGAAUCCUGACCUGUACAAGUCGGCCAUCGCGCACAAUUUUCUCGUGCAGCACGUCGCGCGGUUCGCCGCGGCGGCGCGCAUCACGGACUUCAGCAGCAAGGACAUGGCGUACCCGGACGCGGAGCGCACGCGCUUCAUCCUCUCCGCGUUCAUCAACUUUGUCAAGUUCACCGAGCAGUGCGAGCCGUUCGUUGCUAACCUCCGGCAGCGCGCGGAGCAGGUCGUCGACGAGCGCGAGGCGGCCGCGAGCGCGCGCGCGCAGAUCGAGGGGCGGCUGAACGCGCUCAAAGCAAAGCGCGCGGAAGACGAACCGCGCGUGGACGCGCUCCGGCGCGAAAACGGGCACCUCACCGCGCACCUGCUCGCGACGAAGGAGACGACAAAGGCGAUCAGCAAGGACAUCGAGGCGCUCAAGGUCGAGAAGGCGGCGGUGCUCGCGCGCAAGGAGGGUGUGCUGGCGGACACGGCGCUGCUCAUGGACAACGUGUCGCGCACGCGCGGGCGCAUCGUGCAGAGCCCCGAGCGUAUUCGGCGUAAUAUCUCGAGUAUGGGCGCGAGUGCGGCGGAGGACCGCAAGACGGUUGCGGCGAAUGAGGCGAAGGCGAGGGAGCUGCAGACGAAGGUGGGGGUGUUGGCGCAGAUUGAGAAGGAAGUACGCUCGUGCGUCGAGCAGCUGCAGACGAUCGAGAAAGAGGCGAUCGCGCUGGACGCGUCGCAGAAGGAGCUCGCGGAUCUGCGGGACUCACUGGAUUACCGCCGGAUAGAGCGCAGCGAGCUGCAGAUGAAACGGGAGCGCGCGCACAAACAGCUUGCCAAUGCACACGAGAAGCUCGAGCGGGCAGCGCGGCACGCGGAGGAGCGGCGGGCGGCGGCGCAGGCGACGCUGGAUCGGCUUAAAGACGAGUACGACGAUAUGCUGCGGGAGCGGCAGACGAACGACGCGGAGAUCGAGGGGCUCCGCGGGGAGGCGGACGAGAUCGAGCGGCAGAUGGGAGAGCACCUGCGCAAGAGCGAGGGGGAGAUCAACGAGCUGUUGGCGGAGUACUGGAAGCUGCGACACGAGACGGAGGUGUAUAUGGAGACACUGGCGAACAAGCUGAAUAUGAGCGUCGAAGAGGCAUAGAUUCGGACAUGCAGUAUUCUUUUGUGGUGAUUAUAUGCUCGGGUAUGGGUGCGAGGGGUCCCAGUGGGGGUGUGGAUGACUUUAUUAUAGCAAUGUAAUGUGUACUAUACGUCAUAUAUGACACAGCUGCAAUUUGCCGCGGCUACGCAGCG